CCUCCUCCUCGUGUACAGACCGGGCCGCCGCCUCCUUGUAUACAGGCCGGUCCGCCGCCGCCACCUCGUGUACAGGCCGGGCCGCCGCGGUGUAUCACCGUUGUGCAAUGGCAGGUGAAUCAAAAGGUGCAAGUAAUCCUUUGGAACAGUUCAUUUUGUUGUCGAGAAAUGCCAAAGGUUCAACGUUAACUGGUCUUAUUAAUCAAGUUUUGGAGGCUCCUGGAGUUUUUGUGUUUGGUGAACUUCUAGAAACACCUAAUAUACAGGAGUUAGCUAAUGGAUCAAAUGCUGCCUAUUUUGAAUUGUUAAACUUGUUUGCAUAUGGAACAUAUCCUGACUAUUUAGAAAAUAAAGGAAGUCUGCCUGAAUUAACAUUAGCUCAGAAGAAUAAGCUGAAACAUCUCACCAUAGUAAGCUUGGCUGCAAGAAUGAAGUGCAUUCCAUAUUCCAUGCUUCUAAAAGACCUUGAUUUAAAAAACCUCAGAGAAUUGGAGGAUUUAAUUAUUGAAGCAAUUUAUACUGAUAUAAUUCAAUGCAAACUCGAUCAGCAAAAUCAGCUGCUUGAGGUUGACUUUUGCAUCGGCAGAGAUCUCCAAAAGCAAGACAUCAGCAACAUUGUUAAAACUCUCCAGGAAUGGUGUGAUUGUUGUCAGGCAGUUCUACUGGGGAUUGAACAGCAAGUUCUCCGUGUAAAUCAGUACAAAGAGGGCCACUCUAAAACUCAGCAGCAAGUAGAAACCGAGGUGGCCAAUAUAAAGAAGACCUUGAAGGCAACGGCUUCUACCUCGUUACAAGAACCUGACCAGCACCCAAUGGAUCGUGAUGCUCCACAGCUCAUUGAACAACGUUCAUCUACAAAGAAAUUGUCAAAAGCCAAGAGUUUAUCAUCCAGUCGUCAUUAGAACAUUAAUCGCCUGGAUUAUCCUGUGCUUUGAAGAAAACUGAGAAGAAAUUAAAUAUAAUGAACAGUGCAAUGCUUCUCAUGAAUAACACUUGAAAGAGAUUUAAGAAACUUUUACUGUGCAUUUGAAAUCGUUUUGUAAUAUAUGGUUCUUUUUUGGUAGGAAUCUCAGAUGAUGACUGAAUCAGCCUUUCUUGUUAAAUGGGACCAGUUGCAAACUGACUACUGAAGUGAUGUCCAUCCAAUAAAGUUUCAUCAUUUUGCCUUCAGUGUCUGGAAAGCCAGGCAGUAAGCAGAAUACUACAAAAGCUACUCUGCAGUGGUUAAAAGAUAUCUGGAGUCGGUAGGUUCCGAGAACUUAAUAGGAAACUACUAACGUGUAUUUUAUCAAAUAUUUUGGGUCAUAAAUAUUGUGUGCAGUAUACUCAAACUGAUGCACUCCAGACGAGUUCGAUUGCUGAAAAGCAUGUUAAGAUGAAGAAACAAUAUUGGGGUUCAGUGACAUUAAUUGUGUCUUUGACAAUACAGCUAAUAUAUAUUUUUUAAUUGCUUGGAUUCAAAAUUCUUGAACUAAAGUUACUAACUGUAAACCCUGGAAAAUGCCACCUGAAGCAAAUUAUUUAUUAAAAAAAUUAGACAAGAAUUGGUUAGAUUACUUUAUGGAUGGGUAAUCAUAUCAGUUGUAUUCCAAAAAUAUGGUUGUCAUUAUUCAAUUAAACAAAAUCCUAAUUUGUGAAAUUUGAGACAA